GCAUUGGUGAUCGUGGAGCAUGAAAGCAAUCAGAAAAACUUGUAUCUCUCGGAUGCUACUGGCGUAUUUUUCUCUCUCUCCCUGCCUGAUCUGGUUUUGGAGAAUGGAAUAUAUGAUUUGGAAUUGAUUCAGGGACUGAAUGGCACCCUAAUAGCCAACCAGUAUGUGAGGGCAGAUCCCAGUCAACUGGCAGAUACCAAACGCACACUGAUCACUCUGGACAAUGGCGGUAACUGGGAACUAGUCACUUCACCGGACAGGUACCAGAAUGGCACCACUGUCAACUGUAACCCUCCCGAGUGCUCCCUGCACCUGCACAUGAGCACUACAGAGUAUGCCAGACUGGGAGUCUUCUCUCUGGACUCAGCACCCGGACUCAUCAUAGCCCAUGGGACAAUUGGGAACCAGUUGUCUGAUGAUCCAGACCUGUACCUGUCUCGAGAUGGAGGUGUAACGUGGGAGCAGACUUUGGUGGGAAGUUGGGGGGUCAACGUAGCCGACCACGGUGGACUGAUAGUGGCAGCCAGGGACUACCAUCAGCAGUCUUCCACUGACAUCAUGUACACGUGUAAUGAGGGACAGAGUUGGCAAGACUUCACAUUCUCCUCGCAGCCUAUGACAGUUUUCGGUGUCAUCACUGAGCCUGGGGAAUAGACCACAACUGUCAGUCUGUAUGGCAUAAAGACAUCCGUCUCCCCACGUGUAUGGGACGUUGUGACGGUCAACUUCACGGCUAGUUUUGAGAGAACCUGCAUCGCAACUGAUUUCUACAUCUGGCAACCUUGGGACGAUCGCACAGACACUGACUGUAUCCUUGGUGCUGAUGUCAGCAUUGAGAGACGGCUGCCCAACACCUGCUGUUUGAUUGGCACAGGCUAUGUGAGGACAGUACUGGUGACCACGUGUGCAUGUACUGAGGAAGACUAUGACUGUGACUAUGGAUUCAAACACUCUGAUGGAUUUGUUGGCCCAUGUAUUCGUGAUCAUGAUGUUGCAUUGGAUGACCCCUGCUUGACUGACGGUGUAGUUAGCUACAUGAAGUCAACCGGUUAUAGAAAGAUCCCUGGUGACAUUUGUGAGAAAGGAGUGGAGGAUACAUUUAAGAAACAGCCAUUUCCAUGCUGCGAAUCUGCACCAUCAACAACUAAAAAUCCCUCCACACAAUUCCUUACUACAACUCAGAAACAAGAAAGUACGACAACCGAAAAGCCUUCCACGCAAUUCCCUACUACAACCCAGAAACAAGAAAGUACGACAACCGAAAAGCCUUCCACGCAAUUUCCUACUACCCAUGAAUCAAGAGUUACUGAUGAAGCUUCAGAUCCUCUCAGUCAGAAGUAUGUUGUCACGGUCUCUGCUCUAGCUACCCUGCUGGGUCUUGCUGUGCUGCUCACCCUUGUUCUGGGUGUACUUGCAGGGGUGUUCGCAAAGAAGUACUCUAAGGCUAAACGUCAAUUCCUGCGAUUGGCUACCUCUGGUGAUGGAAUGGGGAGUGGUGGAAUCUCGUAUGUAAGAGACACAGACAGACAAGUGCUUCUUGGAUCAGGAGCUAAUUAUCAGGAUACCGAUAGUUAGGACGAGGAACCGUUAAAGCUGUGAACCUGCAAGUUGCAACUGUCAAACUUUUUUUAUUGGACAUGAUACUUAAUAUUGCAUGUGGAUUGUAAUAAUAAUAAUUAUACUGUAUUGUGAACAAGUAGCUUAACUAACUUAUGUGCUAAAAACUGUUGCAGCAUGUUCAAACAUCCUUUUAAUUAUA